AAAUGCAUUGAAGCACAAAUAGAGUCUCGAUGUUGAUCAGUGCCCCAAGCCCACGUAAUAUUUGCUGACCACGGACAGACAGACAGACAGACACACACACAAAUACGCAGGCUCACAGGCAGACAGACAGACAGACAGGUCCGUGUGCACUUACUAGUCAAAGAGUUCCCCCACGCUCUCCUGAAAGAAACAACAUAUAGACAAGGCAUGGAGCACGCAGGCAGACAGGCAGGUCAUCAUGUGCGUCUUCUCCACUAACAUAGAUCCCUUCUCCGCCGGGCACGGGCGACCCAACUUCGAUGUGCGUCUCGCUAGUAUGGAGAAGGAAACCUUAUCUGUGUACUCUCUCUCUGCAACCUUUUCUGUUUCACGGCAUACUCAGCACCGACGGCAGCAGCGGUUUCAGAACUUCCGCGCUUCCUGUCAUCAUUCCUCAUCCCGUUCGUAAGAACAACACUGCCGCCGGCAAAAGAUCUCUCAGAUUCCCCGCUAUUUUCUGUCUGUGUCUGUAUGUUUGUAUUGCAGAUCUCUUUCGGCCUCCGUCUCCGUUUCCCCUUCGCCUCUUCCCCUCCGAUGUCAGGCUCAUCUUCUGACCCCUUCGACCUGACCAUCGAGUCAGAGCACGCGGGCCUCUCAGAGGACGCGUCUCUCCGUUACGCCCGGCUGCUGCAGGAGCAAUACGUGAUGGAGUCAGGACAGAGCUUGGAGGAUGCCUACGCGAGUUAUGAAAAGGUGAGGAGAUAUAAAGGCGUCACCUCAACGCCGACCCGUUUCUUUCUCGUAGAGGCCCAACAAUGAACCGAGCUCUUCGGCCGCCGCCGCCGCUGCUGCUGCGCCUUCCCCUUCCGACAACACCAGGAAGCCAUCGAUCGCGGUUUCCCGCAGUUGGCCCAGCAGUCUAAAAAGGAGGCCAAGCGUGGCCGGGACAACCGCAAUCAGCCACUCAAGAGGGUGAGUGAGGAGCUAUUUAAACCCAUCUCCCAUGCGCACUGACCUCAUUCUCACUUGCAGAGCAUGAGGCGCAAAACACAACCUGGGUCGUCUGCCGCUGCUGCGGCUGCCGCACCACCAUCGCCAGAGGACACGGAGAGUGAAGGGGAGGGGUCUGAGGACGGAUGGAAGGACGAACCGGUACUUCUUGCUUAGGAAGGAUGAUUCUCACGUGAACACACUUCCCUGUUUCCUCUUGCUACCUUGUGUUUUGCGAUGUUUGUCAGGUUAUUGGUGACGACAAGCUUCUGAUGACACCUGAGGUUUUCGCCGCCACCUUCGAGGGGAUCACGGAUGACGAUACCACCGUCCAGCCCGAGGAGGAAGAGGAGGAGCUCGGCGAGCUGUAUGAGAACUGCGUCGUGGACCCAGACGAAUACAUCCAUGAGGAAGACGCGCCGUCCCCUCCCCCACACCCAUCGUCUGCGUCCCCCACAACCGCACCAGCGCCCGUCUUCACUUCUCCCAACAACAAGAUCCCGCUCCCUCACCCCGCCCUGCGCACAUUCAGGCCCCGCACCAAGGGCAGGGGCAACGCGUGGAUCACGUCAACGGGCCUGCGGGAGGUGAGGCGGAGUGCCAGUGACGCGGGCAAGGAGGAGAAAGAGCGACUAGAGUCUGGAAGGUCGACGGGAGGUCCGUCGUCGGUGUCGAAAGCGUUGGGUGCUCAGCCGGGCCAGCUCCUGUUCAUCGUCAUUGAGGUGGGCAUUCCAGACGCACACAGGGUCCAUCCUCUCUCCUGCACGCCCUCUCCCCUUUCUGUGUUGCCUACCUGUGCAGAUUUUCCACUAUUUGUGGAAGCACUCGAUGAUCAAGGGCAGAUGUGUGCCCCACAUAUGGGGACGGAGUCUCAUGAAGGGCGACAAGAACUGGCCCGAGCCGGCACCGUGGCGGUUUCAGGACUUCCUCUACCAGAUGAUGGGCCCACACACAGCCGACCACAAGCGACUUGUGAGAAAAGACAACAUCAAGAAAUCGUAUACUGCUUUCGAGAUGUCUGUCCGUGGCCGUGGGUCCAUUCAGGUCAUCGUUGUUCCCGAGAGCAUGACAAAGUGGCACUCUGCGAACCCCUACCAACGAAAACGGCAAUUCGCCGAACUCUUCGACUCGUUCUCCAAUGUAACCUAACGACUCGACUCGCCACUCCCAGCGAAUGGAUGCUCUCGACUGGCUUGUCUUGUGUGCAGGAGAUGAGAGAUCGGCCGGACGUGUCCGUCAUCAGACAGACUACCAACAACGGAGGCGUCGUCAAGACGUGUCACGAACUGAGGAAGCUCGGCUAUGCUGCCGAGGCCGCCGAUUGUGACCAAGGUGCCGGUCUGCUCGGAGACGUCAACACACACCCGCUGACGGUGAGCCUGAGCAUACUUUCACCAAAUUCAUCGCCCUGGCCCAAAUGGUCGUUCUCUCUUUCCUCUGCAGCAAUGGACGCAGUUUGGACGCAACCCUGGAGAGGGCAACCACGAGCGCAACAAGUGGAAGCGGUAUUACUCGCGAGUCAAGAAAACAUGGUCGUUCAAAAGUCCGAAAGGUAGGUAUACAGACAGGGAAUAAUGCAGCACAUGCAGGUGCAUCCAACCAUCGGCUGAGGUUCUUUGUUCUCGCAGAGGCCCUCCAAUUCUACGACGUGUUCUGCUCAUUCUCGAACCGCUAUCGCCUCCCCGGCCUGCCAAUGAGCGUCAAGACCUUCCUCGGCAUGGUGUGGGACCAGUACAGCAAGGACGACCCACAACACGAUCUUCCAUCGAUCGACAAGGUACGUAGCUGAGGCACAACACGAAAUGUCUGAGGGAUCUAUCCCCUGUUGUGUCUGUGUGGUGUGUGCAGGUCAUGAGUUGGUUGAUUGUGCCUCCCGGCGUCGACAGGGCCGAGUUGACCCAGGAUCUCAAGAGACUCUGGCUUUACAUCCGAUGUCAGGGCGUGUACCCCGUCUGCGUCCACCCUGACACCGGCAAGGUAAGAGACGACCCUUCAGACGAAUUGCCUUUAGUUGCUUCUGCUCUCCGAUUCAGGUUGUGUCUGACACGUCACGCAAGGUUCCCCUCUCCGACUUCCCUCCUGGCUACUCCGAGGCCGACCUGCUCGAGAUCCCUCCCCGCGACAAGUAUCGCCAUCUUCGCGCUCCCCAGGACCCCCACCGCGCUCCGCGCACUCGCAUCAGCCUGCUGAGGACCGCCAUCCGCAAGACAGCGAAACAACGGUACGAGGAGUACCAGAAGCGAGAGAUCGGCCACGUCGAGAAGGCCAUCGAGGAGACCAAGAACGAGUCGGUCAACGUCGACAGCAUCACCCUUUCCAGGGGGGUUGCCCGUUCCAACUCCCACGGUCAGACGGGAGGAUGGUUCUCACGGCAUUCGACGUGUCAGCGUCAUUUCGGCAAUCACCUGCACGGCGGAGAGAAGGGGGCGCUGCUGGCGGCCCUGGAGUGCAGGUUGCGGCACCUGCAGGGCCAUGGGUGUCCAAAGUGCAAUGACGGGGGGUCAGGGUGGGAGGAGUUCCAGAAACGGGAGACUCAGAGGCUGAAGGUCGAGCGCAUCGACAGUUUCAUCCAGGUGGUCGAGGCCGCAAUACGUGAUGGACGGCAAGAGACCCCUCCCCAUGGGAUUGGAGUUUCCCACGUGCCUCCGUCGACAUGGGUACGAACAGAAACACAUCACGUGCAUUCGUGGAAAUCCGACCCAUCAGUCGUAUCAUACUGUUUGCGUGCAGCGCAUGUCCCACAAGGAGCACGGUCGACCGCGAUGUGAGAUUCCGUUCACUGCAGGCACGGUCUCCUACCCCACCAGCAUGGAGGCUCUCCUGCGCAAACGGCAGCACGCAGUCGAGGGCGGGUGCGACGAGUGUGCGCCGUCGGCUCGCAUGCAUGACAACGAGGAGGCAGGGCCCCAGCUCACGAAACGGAAUCGAAGGAUGAUGACGAGCAUCGACGCUGCACUAGAGGUGAUCGACAACGGCGACGUGCCAACGUCUCUCAAGAACACAGGGUGCUCACUCGAUUCGGCCAAAAGGGGCGUCAUCAUGAAGCACGAGCGCAACAAAAAACGUGCCAAAAGUGGUUUUAUUGGGGCACCAGCCGUACUAAGCUGCAAGCAAUUCGGGACGCUCUUCUGCUCAAGAAAUACCAUCUGCCGGGCACGACGUGUUGUCGAUGAGAUUAGUCGCUCAAUUACUAUCUGUGUAUGGUGCAUUUCAUAUGGUGAGGGAAUUGAAGGAUGUGUCAGUGUGAUGGUGGGUCGUUUGGGUACGCAAUGAGGGAAAUUUCCUGCGUUCUACCCCUUUUUCGAUUCUCUUGGUAGACAAAUAUAUAGAUCGACAUAUGUAGUAGGUCUGACUGACGUGUCGAGUAGCUGACGUGACUGGACGUGACGAGGUGUGGGACGACAUACUUUUGCUUGCUUGGUGCGAACGGGGUUCUAUGUAUGCGGAGAAGCCAAGAGGAGAGGACCAGGAAGACAAGAGAGGCCACGCAAAUUCCUUUUCCUUAUCACUCGAGCGAAUUUUUGUUGUCUGUAUUUUGUUUCGCGCGUGUACGCCCCGCUUUGUGGCGGUGCUUCCCCGGGGAUGCAGGAUGAAUCGAAUUGUCACGGUAUCACGAUGCUAUUCAUCUCGCCGUGCCGUCUGUGCGGGGAGGGCGACGAGCGGGGGGGGACAGCA